AUUUGGCGCUCAUUACGGUCAUCCUUUCGGUUUUGUCGUAUGUUUUCGGGAUCAGUUUUCCGAUUUAAUAGUGAGGAGAUUCCACAAGUUUUAUCGUAUUCAUCGUCGUUAUCAUACUGCUCAAACGUCGUGACUCAGACAAGAUUUUAAUUUAUUCUAAGCAGUCAAGUCAAACACUUUGAAUGUGUCCACUUUACCCUAGGAUAUGAAGCGUAAAGGAAAGCAAAGGACUUCAAAACUUUCUGGCCGUUAUGGUUUAAAAGGCAGUUUGAAGUCUUAUUAUGGUGGUUCUCAAUUGCCUCCUGAAUGUGGAUCACCCGAUACAGGAUCUAAAUCAUCUCAUGGGCUCUCGAAAACACCAGAUGAUACCUCUAGUGAAUCAGUUCAUAGCCGCAGUCUUCGUAAUAGUUCCGGUGGAGAUGAUAACUUAUCACAAAUAGAUUGCCGCGGUCGUCGUGGACUCGACAAAAAAGAUCAGAAUGGAGGUAUGGAUCAAAAUGUGUUCAAGAAUUUUGCAGAUGAUUAUAGUAAUGAGUCCAGGGAUCGUGAAGGCUCUCUUCCAAUUGGACCUAGUAGUGAACACGAACUUCCUUAUGAUGAUGAAUCUACUCGUGAACCUUUAUCCACCACCAAAGAUCUCAGCGGAUCACAGAAUUCAGUUUUUGUUGAACCGCGUCAACCAGACAAGGUCACAGUGGAUUGCAACAAUGCAUCACAUACACAAAGAAAAGUUAACAAACGUGAGCUAAAAGCAUUAUUAAAACAAACUAAAAAGAAACCAUCCGCUGUAGACGAAACAGUCAUUGCAGCUAUCGAUGAACUGGCUGUUCAUUUAAAGGAUACGUGUGUGAUUGAUCUGAAACCUGUGCCUCGUCGACCGAUCCCGAUUGCCGCAUCUCCUACGGUAGUCGCACGUCAACCUGAAGCACCAUCCCGUAGAGGUAUUGGAGCACGCAGAGGUGGACGAAGAGGUCGGGGUGCUCGUCGCGGUGGUCUUUCUUCUCCUAGUUCCAUCAUUCCCACUGAACAAGCGGUUCUUCCGGCAUCAUGGGUACCUCUUAUUUUGCCGAACCCGUUGAAAAGUCCUGUGACAUCAGAUUCUGAAGGUGACAAUUCCGGGCUAAAAUCUAGGUUAUGUGCUCCUUGGCUUAAACAACUCCCAGAAUCACGGGUACAUCGGUUUGUUGUGAAUAUGCGCCGUCUGUUGGCGACUACAUUCCAAACUCCGACAGAUAGUGAUCAUUUAUCCAAAAAACCAAUUCAUCUCAUAGAUUUAACAUCAGAUAAACAAGAGUAUUCAGUUAGUACAUUGGAUAAUCAGUCAAUGAAACAGUCAUUAUAUCCAAUAAAUUCUUCUAAUGUACAAAAUCCUCCUCCUCCUCCUCCUCAUCAUCAUCAUCGAACAGUAUUAACAUCUGAGACACAUUUUAAUGAACAACAACCUCCCGUGACUAUUACUACUACUAAUAAGAUAAUUGAUGAUGUCAGUCGACAAGAUUCAGAGUUUAUUGCAAAUGCUAUGGAAGAUUCUGCUUCUAAGUUGAAUAUCAAACUUGUUGAAAAUAAUAAUAAUAGUAGUAAUAAUACUGUCACACGUACAUUAUUUCCUAAUUUAACAAAACGUCGAGGUCGAGGUAAAAAACACCAUGGUUUUCAUCGUAAACUCUUAUCGUCGGUACAGUCGAAUACAUCGGGUCCAGCAUUUGGAUCGAUGACUAUGACAAAUCCAAUGAACAAUGAACAUUUACAGACGACAACUACUCAACAUGUCAUUCAAAUGCCUAAGUCAAAUUCUUCUAAAGGGAAAUCUCGUGUUUCUCGUGAACUUCGUGGUCUUGUCACUUGGGACGCUGUAAUGGCUGAACAACGCAAACGGGAACAGGAAUUAAAAGAGAUUGAAGCUAAAGGAGGUUCUGCCUCACUUCAUCCAACAGAGGUGGCAUUGUCAGUUGUAACUGACCUCAUAGCCUCUGUAGAAGAAGAAGGUCUAACUCCUAAACUUCGUAGAACUCGUCAAACUAGUGGCAGUGUACCCAGCCAUGCUAAUCAUUCGGGUGCAGGCUCUGAAACUACAUCAAUGCAGACUACAAUUGCUGCUUCUGAACAUGCUAAUUAUGAAUUGACAAGCUGUCAUAUGAAACCUAGUGAAUCCUCUUCUGUUGCUGCUUAUUCUGGACUUAGUAGUAGUACCGAGGCGUCAAGUGUAUCGUCGGAUAAUGUAAUAAGUUCAGUACAAAAACCAACUCAUCAUAAAUUACUGAUAAUCGACAACAAUAAACCACCAUCUACUGGUAUGUCUAAUGAAAUUGAAUCUCGAUUGAAUUAUCCCGAUUCUGAUCAGAAAUGUUCUUUUUCAGUCAACCCAGAUGUAAGCGAAAUGGAAUCUGCCUGUGUCACCAGGUAUUCUCCAAUCUCUGUAGAACAAGAACCAAACGAAUCGCAUCAUGUUUCGUCUGAUCAACUUGAUGACAGCGCAUAUCAAUCGCCGGCUAUAGUUAAGCGAAAUAUCGGUCCUCAGAAAUCACUGGGUCGUCGUAAAAAGAAGUUCAAAGCUAAUCGAUUAUUUAAGUCCUAUCCUUCUGAUUCAGGUUCCCACGCGGAACAUUAUGUACCUAAUGAUUCAGUAUCUCACCACUGUGCUACUGCCGAUUCUCGACAACAUCUUGAUACCCCUUCAUCCGCCUCAUCUCUUACAGUUCCUUCGGCAAAACGUAAACGACAAACUCAACAUGGGAUCACCACAAACACAGAUCCGAUGCUGGAAAAUCCCGACGUCGUGGAACUGUCUGUUCGUCUCCAGGACACCGAAGGUUCCGAUUCCUGUGAUAUUUUGCCCACUCCCGCCUCAUCAGUUCCGAGCAACGUAAGGCGUUCCGCUACCUCACGUAACUCUGCUCUUCCCCCUCGUAAGCGCUACAAGGUGGGGAUAGAUACUUCUAACACUGCUGAAAACCAUGCUUCCUCUGCUCUGCAUAGAGAUGAUCUUACAGAUAUAUCAAAAUCAAACUUUGAUGACUCUAACUUGUCUGUAACUGUUAUAGAUUUGACAGAUAGUUCUUCAGCUACUGGCUUUUCUCAUCUUGGGAAUGCUGAUAACUCUUUAACAAAACCUGAGCAUAGAAGACGUGGCCGAGGUCGUCCAUCUAGACGUUUAGGAAAACUGGAAAGCAAUACGAAUGUAGCGAUUUCUCCUUGCCUAUCUUCUUCCGACUCAGUUUCAGUAACUUGUGAUCGACCGAAACGUGAGGCGGCAGCAAUUGGGUUUGCUAGUUUAGUUGCUGCAAACCUAAAUAAUACAAGUGUAUCUGUCAAUUCUACAGCAGAAACACCGGAAACUAUGAAUGUUCGAUCGGAGACUGGAAGUGUACCCUCUCCUAGUACAAGUAUCCAUUGGGUUGAGCAACAACAACAAAUUGGAACAUUAGAAAUACAAGCCAGUAAACCACCAGCUGUAUCUCGAGGUCGUGGUCGUCCUCCGAAACCGAAACCUGUUCAAUUAUCCACUACUGAACGUGGUAUUGUGGAUUCAGAACACGGGUUAGAGCCUAUUUUAAAUCGUCCUCUCCAAUCAGUCAAGGAAUCACCGUUAUCGGAAUCUUCCACUAUAAACCCACAAGAAUUAUCAUCACAAGUGGUUAAUGAAACUACUCAUCAUCAAUUGUCUGAUGAACAGAGCAGUGAAAAUCAACAGACUAAUAAUAUGACCACAUUCCAAUCAAAAUCAGAUGUUGUAAACAGUAAUUCUUUAACAAUAUCAAUUAAAUCAUCAAAAUCAUUAUCGGUUAAAUCGACAAACAAAAAGAACCAAAUACAAUCAAACAUGAAACUAAAGUCAGAUGUUGAUCAUUUGACCACUGUUAAAAGUAUGCCUAAUUCAUCUCUUCUAGGCUUUGAUACCUCAUCGACAUCAAUAAAUCAACAGCUCUGUCGUUUACCAAGUCGUAAUAGUUUUUUCAAAGAUUCUGCCAUAUCCAGUUUGGAUCAGAUUUCAUUUCUCAAAGAUCGUUGUUUAACUGGUCCAUUGUAUGAAUUAUUUUGUAAAUUUUUCAAUGAACCUGAUCCAGUUGAACCAAAUUAUCGUCUUUGUGCACCUAUAGUCUAUUUACCAUCACCUGAAAGAUAUCCGGAAUUUUAUCGUUUCACAUUAUCUUCUCAUUUAUCUGGUUCUGGUUUAAAUGUUAAAUUCACAUCGGAUUUCACGAAUCGUUUAUUUUCUCCAAUUGGCAAUUUAUCCAACUACAGUGCAACAACAGUAACAACAACAACAGCAGCAGCAUCAGUCGAUAAUAAUCAUGUUGGUGAUCCUGAUCAUGAUGAUCAUGAUCACGAUGACCAUAAAAUUUAUCAUGUUGAAUUUCCUUCACUAUGUCUAGCUAGUAUUGCAUCACGAUUUGUGUCAGAUUCAAUGAAUCAACAGCAAUCAUUACUAGGAGAUGAUAACAAACAUUCUACAUUGUCACAUUUGAAUAUGGAAUUAACUGAAACAGAGGCUACUAACCAUUUUUACAUUGUUUUAAAUGCUGAAAAUAUUAUUGAAGGUUUAUGUGCAUUAGAUAUAGCUAUGGAUAAUCUAUUCACUGUAUGGGAAGCAUUUACUGGACGUCGUAGUUGGUUUGGUCGACGUUUAAUGAAAUUGAAAAGUGUCUAUAUGAAACAUCGUACUAAUUUGGUAGAAAGUUUAAAAUUAGAAAAUCAAAUACCAAUGACAAUGACCAAAUCAUUGAUACCAUGUAUAAUGAAAUCACAAAAUAACAGUUCUAAGAAAAAGACUGAUCGUCGUGCACUGGAACGUGGUGCUGAAGUGAUUCGUUGUUUGUGUGGUUUUCGUGUUGAAGGUGGUCAUGUUAUGGUUCAAUGUGAUUUAUGCGCAUCUUGGCAACAUUUACCAUGUUUAUGGUGGGCACUUAGUCUAGCAAUUCGUAAUGAUUCAUCAUCCAAUGGUUUGAAUUCAAAUUUAGUUUGUUUAUGUCAAACAGCAUUGAUUGCUGCACAAGCUGUUGGCGGCGGUGGUGUUGUUAGUAAUAACACAGUUGACAUAGAUGGAAAAGGUGAAGAUGAUCGAGAAGUUGACGCGCCUUAUAUAUGUCCAGUUUGUUUAAAAUUAGAUAAUUUAACAAAAGAGUAUCCUCGUUCUCUGUCAGCAGCAAUGAAUAUAAAUGAUAUUGAUGCUGUAUUUGAUUUACAAGAUACCUUAGUCAAAGGUGAACAUGAAUUUUGGACAUUAGGUAGUCCUGAUGGAAUUUGUCAAAUACGUACAGAUGAUUAUGCAUUUGUCAAUCGUUUCUGGUUAAAUCAUCUGAAUAUUUCACAGGAUAUAUCGAAAAGAUCAUUAAAAUCAACAACCACUGUAUCAAUGGAUAUUAAACAACUCUUAGAUCAAUCACUUCAAUCCCCAGUGAAAUGUGCCUAUGAUCGUAUUAUUGUUCGAAUUUAUCGUUUGUGGAAAGAUGUUAGUGGUUUAGCUUGGCUAGAAGGUGGUUUAUUUCUACGUCCAUAUGACCUGCCUCAAGCAUCAUCCACCACUGACACAUCAAAAUGUCCACAAUUCUGGCAUCUUGAUGAAGUUGUAUAUGAUGAAGCUAGACGUGUUAUUCUACCAUUAGAUGCUUGGAUUGGUCGAUGCAUUGUAUUAUGCCCUUCAGCAUAUCGUGUUGGUAGACCAGCUGAUUUGUUAUAUACAGCACAUAUACAAGAAUUUAUGCCAUCAAUGAAUAGAAAUUCUAAUUUAAAUAACAAUAAUAAUGAUAAUAAUGUUCAUUCUACUGUCAAUCAAUUUCAACAUUUUUUUGUUUGUGAAAAAUUAUUUGAACAAUCAUCAUCAUCCUCAUCCGGUGAUAAUCAUAGUUGUAGAUUUGAUGAAAUAUCUCCGGGUUAUUUAAAAAUCAAUAUGAAGCCGUAUUGUUUUCUACGCAAACCAGAUAGUCAAUCUAUUCGUGGUAGUUUACCACGACAAUAUACAGCUGCUGAGCUGCUUACUCGAGAUCAAACACCUUUCACAGAGUUGUUUGUUAAAGAAGAAGAACAACAACAACAAACACUUGAAACAAUGAAAACAUCUCCAGAAGAAGAAUGUCCUGCAACAUGUCCUGCUACUGCAUUGAAUAACGAUGAGAAGAAUGUUCCAACUCCAGUUGGCAAUUUAAAACAAAAGGGUGAAAAACUUGCACGUGUUGUUGAUUGGUUGGAACGAAAACGUCAAACUAGUUCUUCACAGCCGCCCACAAGUACAUCAGCUCAACAUUCUAUUGUUCCAGAACAGCAAACUUCCAUUUCAUCCUUGCCAGUUGAGAAUAAUUCAGUUAGUAAUGAUAACUCAUCACCAUCAUCAUCAUCAUUAAUAUCACAUCAUGAUUUGUGUUCUCGUGGUCGAAUUCCACUGAAAGUUAAUCGUGGACGAAGUAGAGGUGGUAUCAGUGGUAAAACAACAUUAAAACCGUCAUUAUCUAGUCCUGUAUCAUUUUCACCGAAUAAAUUAUCACCGACUUCUGUGCUUCCCAAUGACAUUGACAAUCAUGGCGAUUCUAUGUCCUCGAAUCUGAAAGACAAUGAACCUAUGGAGAAUUCAGCAAAACGUCCAUGUUUAUCAGAAAAUUCACCAGUUCACUUGGAUUCUGUUCAACCGCUAUCAGAAAUCAAUAAUGCAGAGCAGAAUCAUAACUCACCAGUGAUUAGUAUUACUACUGAUACAGUUCAGCAUUCAUUAUUAGAUCAGACAAUUGUUGAGAAGAAUUCACCGACACAACUUUCAAAUAAUGAUUCUCUCAUCUUAUCCAGUACAAAUGAUAUGAAUGUGAAUCAUCAUACUGAAUCAUCCUUAAGUACGGAUGUCUUAAUGACUUGUACUACCACUAUUACUGCUACUGCUACAACGACCACGACUCUUACUACUACUACUAAUGAUGGUAAUAGUAAUAGUGACUCGUCGAAUGAUUCCUUGAAUUCUUUGAAACCAUUUGAUGAUCAUCAUCUACAACAUGAUGAAGAUUCUGCAGAUCGUUUAUUAUCCAGUACAUUGAAAUCCACUGCAUCCAAUCCACAGUCGGUUACUCCGCCUACUCCUCCAACUCCUGGUGCUGGUGUUAGUGCUACAACUAUUCUCUCCUCCUCCUCCUCAUCAUCAUCAUCAUCAGCAUCCGUUGAUGAACAUCAGUUGAAUAAUAAUUGUUUAUCACCAAAAUUCGGUUCAGUUAGAAAACGUAAACGUUCUAUUACACGUAAACGUUUAGUCCCAGAACCGGAAUUAUACCAUACAAUCAUUGAUCGUGUACAAGAUAUGAAUAGUAAUAGUGAUAUUACUACUGAUAAUAGUAGUAAUGUUUCGCGUUUACCUGAAUUACAAACUACUACUACUACUAAUACUAAUAAUAAUAAUAAUAAUAAUAAUCCAUGUGUUGAUGACGAUGACAACGUUACUAGUUUGUCCAGUGCAAUUAGUAGUAGUGUUUCACCAGGAAAUAUCACCAAUAUUCCCAUGAAACAUAUCUUAUCAUCUUCAUCAUCAUCACCACCUCGUUUAAGCAAUGAUCAAUUAUCGUCACCUCCGACGUCAAUUAUUCAAACAACAACAACAUCGUCAACGUCAUCAUCAGCUUGUCUUAUGCAACAUGUGAAUGAAUCGCAUUUAUUAUGGAGUUUAGACAAUUGUUUCAUCAAUAUACAACCAUUUUAUGCAUGUCAUAUGUUGUUCCAUGAUGUAAUUCCCAAUGAUGAAGUGAUUCAUUUCGCGUUGAAAUUCAAUGAACCAGUUAUUUUAUCACAUAAUCCUAAUCCUAAUAAUACUGAAUCGAUAUCCAUUAGUGCGGAUCAUUUAGACAAAGCUGAAAUUCCUGAUGAUGAUGAGAGAUCACUUGUAGACAACAAUUUGAUGAAUUGUAGUUUAUCAUUUGGAAAAGAAGCGACUACAGCUGCUUCUGAUGAUGAUGAUGAAGUUGAUAGUAAUACGAAUUGUCACAGUCCGACGAUUGUGAUGGAAUUAACCAAUGAAAAUCUACCUCAUCCUCAUAAUGAUGAUGAUGAUGAUGAUGGGAAUAAUAAUCAUAGUAAUAAUGUAAACAGUGUUUCUUUUGUCAGUGACAUUGAUAAUGUUGAUUGUGUUGGUGUACAAGAAGAGCAGAAAGAUACUUCAUUGACAAAAAACACUGACGAUGUUGAUAAUGAUGAUGCCUCUUUAAAUUUGUACAAUACUAUCACUACUACUGAACAAAAUAUGACCACUGAUAGCAAUACUACUAUUACUACUACUGCUGCUACUACUAGUAUUAGUAGUAUAAGUAGUAGUAGUAGUAGUAGUAGUAGUCAUGAUAUGUCUAUAACAAGUAUUCCAGUUCAUGAUAAUAAUACUACUACUACUACUACUACUACCAAUACUACUACUAAUAAUAAUCAUGCUAGUAAUAAAGAGCAUAAAACUUUCACAAAAUUUGCUGUUGAAACAUUAGUUUCUGAUGAUUAUCCAACUGUCUCAGCAUAUAACAAUGCAUCAUCAGCUGGAAAAGAUUUCAUGUCAGUCGAUAAUAAUAAUGAGAAUUUAAUUGACAAUGUCCAAUCGUCAUCAUCAGCAGUCGAAAACAUUCAUCAUCAUGUCGAUUUGACGGCGGAAUGUUGUGAUGAUGAAGAAUCUGCUAUUGAGGAUAUUGAUAAUAAUAAUAAAACAGUCACUGCUUGUCAAGAUAAUUCACAGUUGGACUCUCUGUCACCAUCCACAUCAUCAUGUGUUAAAGAUGAAAUCAAUGAAUUUGUUGACAACGAAUGCAGCGACUCUCCUGUAGUAACAGUAACAACAGCAGCAGCAUCAGUAGAAACAACAAAUUUAAAAACUACCUCUAUGGAUCAUCUGGUUGUUGAUUCACCUCCAAUCAGUAUUGGCACACCUGUGUUAGAUGAAAAAUCCGAUGCAAGUGAACAACAGAUGAUAACUGCCGAUAGUAUACCGGAAUGUUUCCAACCAAUGAAAUCGAGUUAUAAUGUUGCAGAUUUACACACUCAAAUUGUUGAAACAAAUGUCGAUUCAGAUCUGUCGAAAUCACAUCCACAUACUGUUGUUACUACUACUGCUACUAUUUCUAGUACAAAUGCUACUACUACUAAUAGUACUAAUAGUACUACUAGUACAUCUUAUGGUAGUAAUAAUAACAGUAGUAUUUCAUCAUCUAAAAGAUUUAAAGAAUCAUCUCGUGAUUAUGGGGGUUAUUAUGAAAAUCGUCAUCAUUCACACACGCAUCACAAUUCGUAUCAAUCAAGAAAUUCAAACAAAUUCGAUCAUUAUCGAUCACCAUCAUCGUCAUCAUCAUCAGCAACAACAAUACCAACACCCACAUCCAACAAACAGCAUUCAUACUUUAGUCAUCAUUCUCAUCAUAAUUCUCGUUAUGAUCGUAAACACCAUCAUCAUCAGCAGCAGCAGCAUCAUCCUCCUCCCCCGCCUCCACCAGCUCAUCAUCAUCAUCAUCAACAACAACAACAACAUCGUCAUAAUGAAUACAAUCCACGUUAUCGUGACUCUUCGUCGCAUAAUAAUAGAUCAAGAGAUCGCGAUGACACUUCUCCCUAUUCAUCAAGACAUAAUCAUCGAGAAAGAUCCAUGUCGAAUUCAUCACAUCGACAUCAAGAUCGCAUUUACUCCACUGGAAACAAUCGUGAUCCAUCUGAAACUUCAAAUUGUUGAUUCUUUAAUGAUAAUAUACAUAUGUGUUUAUCAAGAUUUGCAUACGGUACACAUGAAUUUCUUCAAUCUUAAUACCUCUGUUUCUCCAUCUCAUCACAUCUCAUCUCAUUUGUCAUUACCACUUUCUGGUUGUCAAUAUUUUUUCUCAUGGAGCAGAGUAAAGAGAGAGAGACAGAUACAGGAGAGUGGUACUACUACUACUACUACUAGUAGUAGUAGUAGUAGUAGGAAGCUAUAACAAAAGACGAUAACAAUUCUAUAGAAAAAUACAUAAAUAAACGCACACAUCUACUAUUUUGUUGUUGUUCUUGUUCUUGUUGAAUUAUCAUUUAUCAGUUCAUCAAUUCCCUUCAUUAUUAUUAUUAUUAUUCCUAACUAAUUUCAUUUCAUUUUGUUCUUUCAUGCUGUGUUUUAGCCUUGAGUUGAUAGGUGUGUGCGGCGUGUAUAUCGAUUUUAGGUGUGUUUGUCAAUGUUUUGCUCUCUUCUACGAGAUGUUUUCAUGCUGCGCAUGCAUACCACACGUGUAAAUGUGAAUGUGACCGACCUACAUUCAACACAAUAUUUGUUUGUUUCUGUGUUUUGUUUUUACUGUUUCAAGAACACAUACAUACCCUGCUACUCCGCCUCUAUCGUCCAACUGACCGACCGAUAUCCAUAACCAAACAGUUGUAUGUAUGUGUGUGCAUGUGCGUGUGUGUGUGUGCAUGACCGAAACUUGUCACUUUUUUUUUGAUUCUAACUUUUAUUCAUCAAUGUAAUGUAUAUAUAUAAAUUUACUACCCACAAGACAUAAUAUUUCUCUCUUUUUAGAUAAAAAUUUAUCUAUAAUUUAUUUACACACACACACACUCAGACGCACACCUCUUUAAUAAUGAUCUUCACAUACACACUGGUCUUGUACUUUGGGCGGUAAUCGGUUUCGGUGUUUGCUGAGAUUCCUGCAACUUGUUUCUUAUUGUGACAUGCUUUUUUUUCACUUGUUCGCAAAAGGUAUGAUGAACGAAUGAUGCUGAUAAAUAAUAAUGAUAAUAAUAAUAACACUGAUUGGUCCCUUUGAACUCAAUUUCAUUGACCUCUUUUUCUCUCGUGACUGGUACUGGUACACUUUGAGUUGCGAACUAAUCCAAUUGUAUAUAAAUAUAAAUAUAAUUAUAAAUAUAAAUAUAAAUAUAUUUUUAACUUGCCAUUCAUUGGUUGUUGUUUUUUUUAAACACAAAAAAAUUCACUAUUUUAUUGGUUUUUGUUUUGUGCUCUGCUCUAUUUCUUCUCACUUUACCAGUUUGGUUACAUGGUAGCAAGGCAAGGAUUAUUUUUUACAAAAACAACAAUAAUGUGUGUGUGCGUGUGUUUGGCAUUUCUUAUCAUUAUUAUUAUUAUUAUUAUCACUACUACUACUACCACUAUUGUUAUUAUUGUUAUUACUAAUCAUCAUCAGUAUAAUAAUUUUAUUUAACUUUAUUCUCUUUUUUUCUUUACUAUGAAUAGUACUGUUAAUCAUAAAGACAAUAAUAAUAAUAAUGUAUUUAUAAGAGGG